UCUCUUUCCUUUUGUUUCUCUCUCAAUCUAACCAAAAUAGGAAAACCAUGGAAGCGAUACUCACAGACUGUGUUCAAAACAGUCUCCGCCAUUUCAUGUUCAGAAACGCCAUUUUCCUUUGCGAACGCCUCUGUGCUGAGUUCCCUUCCGAGGCGAAUUUGCAGUUGUUAGCUGCUUGCUACUUGCAGAACAAUCAAGCUUACUCUGCCUAUCAUAUUCUAAAGGGAACACAAACGGCUCAAUCCCGCUACUUGUUUGCGGUAUCAUGCUUUCAGAUGGAUCUACUUAAUGAAGCUGAAACUGCGUUAUGUCCUGCUAAUGAGCCUGGCGGAGAGAUUCCAAAUGGUGCAGCUGGUCAUUAUCUUCUUGGCCUUAUUUACAGGUACACAGAUAGAAGGAAAAGCGCCAUUCAUCAUUUUAGGCUGGCUUUGUCUAUAGAUCCUUUGCUUUGGGCUGCAUACGAGGAGUUGUGUGUAUUAGGUGCUGCCGAAGAAGCAACUGUAGUUUUUGGUGAAGCAGCUGCUCUUUGCAUUCAAAAGCAGUACUUACAUCAUGGGGUAACAUCCCCAAACUUGCAUACGUCCAAUGAGGAUUAUAAUUUGGUUUCUUCUCGGAACUUUGGUUCAGAAGAUGUCAGUCCAAGGCAAUUGAAACACGCACAAGGCAAUAACCUUAGAGAUAUCCCUGGUAAUUAUCAUGGAACAGCAGGGCUGAGCGGAGCUGCUUCUCAGCCUCAAAAUGGUGGUCCUUCAAAUAUGCCAUUUUAUAAUACUCCUUCACCAAUGGCCUCACAGUUGUCAGGAGUUGCUCCACCACCUUUGUGUAGAAAUGUGCAGCCAAAUGGUCCUAAUCUUAACACAGUUAAUACUGAUGGUUCUCCAAGGUCAGUUGUGAACUCUACCAUUCAAGCACCUCGUAGAAAGUUUGUUGAUGAAGGAAAAUUACGAAAGAUUUCUGGGAGGCUAUUUUCUGAUUCUGGUCCCCGUCGAAGUACAAGACUUGCUGGAGAUGCUGGGGUCAACACAAAUGCAAAUACCACAGCAGUAGCUGGAAAUGGGACUAAUAGCUCUUCUAAAUACCUUGGAAGUUCUAAGUUUGGUUCUGUGGCACUGCGUUCUGUGACAGUUCGUAAGGGACAAUCUUGGGCGAAUGAAAAUAUUGAAGAAGGGAUUAAGAAUGAGGCAUUUGAUGAUUCUCGUGCAAAUAUGACUUCUAGUUCAUUCCCUUCUGGUGAUGUUAAAUCCCUUGACCAAGACGGGGCAACUGUUCCAAUUGGUGGGGUUGUUAUCAGCAGCUCGAAAAUCAUAAGUGGUGCUUCAGAAGUAUUAGGCCUUUUGAGAACCCUUGGGGAAGGCUACAGACUUUCGUGCCUGUAUAGGUGUCAGGAUGCACUGGAUACAUAUCUGAAACUUCCACAUAAACAUUAUAAUACGAGCUGGGUGCUGUCCCAGGUUGGAAAAGCACAUUUUGAGUUGGUAGAUUACUUAGAAGCUGACCGGACAUUUAGUCUUGCACGUCGAAUGUCACCUUACAGCUUAGAAGGAAUGGAUAUUUACUCCACUGUUCUAUAUCAUUUGAAGGAAGAUAUGAAGUUGAGUUACUUAGCCCAGGAACUGAUAUCAACCGACCGCUUAGCUCCUCAAUCAUGGUGUGCCAUGGGAAACUGCUACAGCUUGCAGAAAGACCAUGAAACUGCUUUGAAAAAUUUCCAACGAGCUGUGCAACUGAAUUCGAGAUUUGCAUAUGCCCACACCCUUUGUGGUCAUGAGUAUGUAGCUUUAGAAGAUUUUGAGAAUGGAAUCAAGAGCUACCAGAAUGCCCUUAGGAUUGAUUCAAGGCAUUAUAAUUCCUGGUAUGGGCUAGGAAUGAUCUUUCUCCGUCAAGAGAAGUUUGAGUUUUCAGAGCAUCACUUCGGAAUGGCUUUUCACAUAAAUCCACGUUCUUCUGUUAUAAUGUCUUAUCUUGGAACUGCUAUGCAUGCCCUAAAGAGAAGUGAGGAUGCUAUCAAGAUAAUGGACAGGGCAAUUUUAGCAGACAGAAAAAACCCUCUUCCCAUGUAUCAAAAGGCUAAUAUACUAAUGAGCUUGGAGAAAUUUGAUGAUGCUCUAAAAGUUCUAGAGGCACUUAAAGAGUAUGCCCCUCGUGAAAGCAGCGUGUAUGCUUUGAUGGGUAAAAUCUAUAAGCGGCGUAACAUGCAUGAAAAGGCCAUGCUUCAUUUUGGUAUUGCUUUGGAUUUAAAACCAUCGGCGGCCGAUGUUGCUACAAUUAAGGCUGCCAUUGAGAAGUUGCAUGUGCCGGAUGAAUUAGAAGAUAACCUGUGAAUCCACUGAGAUUCAAGAAGCAAAAGAGGAAGAGAAUCUCCUGUAAAUUUUCUGGCUCGGAACGUGUUUGCUCAGAGAGAGAUUGGCCCCGCUUGUGCUUUCGAUUGAUGCUGAAUAAAAUGUUAACAAUCUUCAAAGGCCAAUUUAUUAGUGCAGUCUGACCUGAUGGGCAGAUCCUCAGUUUUGUGGGUGAUUCACAGACUGACAGAGAACUUGAUUAACAAAAAUUACUCAAAGCUGCCACACUUGUAUGCAUAGUUUGUGUUAUCAAAGCCGAAAAUGUACCAUUAGUUUCUACUUUGUUUAUAAUUGUAAUUUGUUUUACCAUUACAUUGAGGCAACAUGAAAUUUAGUGUUGGCUCAUAACUUGUUCUUAAUUCUAGUCCAUCACGCAUAUUCUGCAUUGUCACCACAGUGGAGCCAGUGUAUUCAGAUUCAAAUUCAUAGAUUGUGGCUCUUCCUACUUG